CACCUCCUCUUCCGUCAAAACGUACUUCUGCACAACCUACAGCACCGGACUGCGGCCCCAACCGCGCGCGCCCAUCCACUCGUCAUACAUACCGCCACCUCCCUCUCUAGACGAGGCUGAAGACGGCAGAAAUAAACCCGCAAUCCAACCCGCACGACACGUGAUGUCGCACCACCACCGCUCACCCUCGCCCAUCGCCCUGGCGCCCGCCUCGUCGACGAGUUACACGAGCGACCCCGAGAAGAAGUCUCCGCGCCAUGGCGACGACGGGGAGAAAGGCAGCCUGGGCGGCGAUAUCCUGCCCGCCUACGCCUACGAGGAUGAGAUCGUGCCCAUCAAGGCGGACAAGUUGAACCGGACGCUCACAGCGCGGCAGGUGCAGAUGAUUGCAAUAGGGGGCACGAUCGGUACCGGAUUGUUCCUCGGGACGGGCAAGAGUCUGGCGACGGGCGGGCCGGCGAGCAUGUUGAUCUGUUAUAUUGUUAUUGGGGUGAUUGUGUUUUUGACGAUGUUGGCGCUGGGGGAGAUGGCGAGUUUUAUACCAGUGGCGGGAAGCUUUUGUACUUUUGCGGGGAGGUUUGUGGAUGAUGCGUUUGGGUUCGCUUUGACGUGGAAUUAUUGGUUUAAUGAUGCUGUGAGCACGGCGGCGGAUUUGGUGGCGUUGCAGCUGGUUUGGAGUUAUUGGCAUACGGCGAUGCCAGGAUGGGGAUUGAGUUUGAUUUUCUGGGUGGUGCUCAUCCUCGCCAAUAUCAUUACUGUGAAAGCGUAUGGCGAGCUUGAAUACUGGCUCAGUCUUCUGAAAAUCAUCACAAUUAUCAUCUUCAUCUUCCUCGGCAUCGCCGUCAACGCCGGCGGCAACAUCACCCACCACUACAUCGGUGGCGAAAACUGGCGUCUCCCCGGCGCCCCCUUCGUCGGCGGCAUAGGCGGCUUCGCCUCCGUCUUCGUGACCGCCUCCUUCGCCUACGGCGGCACGGAAUCUAUCGCCAUCACCGCCGGCGAGACGGCGUCCCCGCACAAAAACAUCCCCCGCGUCAUCAAAAACGUCUUCUGGCGCAUCCUCCUCUUCUACGUCAUCUCCAUCCUCCUCAUCGGGCUGGACGUCGCGUAUACCACACCGGGCCUGUCGAGUAAAGAGACGGCGACGUCGCCGUUUACGCUGGUGUUUCAGAUGGUGGGGUCGAAUGUCGCGGGGUCGUUUAUUAAUGCUAUGAUCAUGACCUCUGUGCUUAGCGCGGGGAAUCACGCAUUGUUCGCGGGGACGCGUCUUCUUUACACACUAGCUGUUAAUGGGCACGCCCCCGCUUUCUUUGAGAAGCUGAACCGCAACCGCGUUCCCUGGGUUGCUGUCCUGGCUACGAGUUUGAUCUCCGGCCUCUGCUUCGGUGCCUCCUUCAUUGGCGCGGGCCAGCUGUGGACGUGGCUCCAGAACAUCGUCGGUGUAUCAAACCAGCUAUCCUGGAUCUCCAUCGGCAUCGCCUCCCUCCGCUUCCGCGCCGGCCUCGAAGCGCAGGGAAAGACGCACCUCCUCAACUUCAGGAACUGGACGUACCCCUACGGCCCCUGGUUCGUAGUCAUCGGCUGCAGCUUUCUCGUGCUGGUGCAGGGAUGGAGUUGCUUCAGUCCGAAAUUCAAUGCGGUGGAUUUCGUGAGCUUUUAUAUUGAGUUGCCGGUCAUGCUGAUCAUGUUUGUGGGAUGGAAGGUGGUGAAGAGGACGAGGAUUGUGGGGCUGAAGGAGAUGGAUUUGGUGACGGAUGUGUAUCAUCCGGAGCCAGGGGAGGAGGAUAGGGAUGCGGCGGUGGGGUGGAGGGGGAAGGCGAGGGCGGUUUUGAGGUGGAUUUUCUGA